AUGCCGCCGCCUCUUCAAUUCCAUCCCCCUUUGGUCAAUUCGGCCUGCCCCUGGGCGACAGACCUGGCAUGUCUGAAGGCCCUCCUGGACUCUCCUUCGACGGGAGCCGUGACGACCAGGACGUCGCUGCUCGCCGGAUUCGACCACCAGCCAGACCGGCACCGCUUCGCCUUCUUCGACCCCGGCGCCCCCAACACCCCAGACGGAGACACAUAUUCCUUCCCAGAUGAGCCAGGACGGGCCAUCGCCACUGCCAGCAGCGUCAGGCCCUCCGAGGCGGCGCACACUGCCUCCCUCAACACCCUGGGCUACUCCCCCAUCCCCCUCCAUGGCUACCUGGACAUGAUCCGCCAGCUCGCGUCCGAGCUUACACCUUCGGCGCCCCACAAGACCUUCAUCGUCAGCGUCACCGGCUCCCCAGAGGACAUCGCGGCCUGCUACGCCGCCGUCGCCUCCCUCGCCCCCCAGGUCCCCUUCCCCCUCGCCCUCGAGGUCAACCUCAGCUGCCCCAACAUCCCUGGCCGGCCCCCUCCCGCCUACGACCCGGCCUCCCUGCGCCUGUAUUUGGCCGCCCUGCCCAGCGACCCCGCCAUCCCACUGGGUGUCAAGACGCCGCCCUACACCCACGCGGGGCAGUACCAGUCCCUGCUGGGCACGCUGCGGGAGGAGCGCGCCGGCGCCAAGCUGAGCUUCAUCACGGCCACCAACACCCUCGGGUCCUGCCUCGUGAUGACCUCGAUGGGGGAUGAUGAUGGUAGGGCGAUGGGCCCAGCGUUGCCGCUUGGGGACAGCGGAGGCAUCGGCGGGAUGGCGGGCCCGCCGCUGCACCCUCUGGCGCUGGGGAACGUGGCGACGAUCCGGAGGAUGCUCGACGAGGGGGACGGCAGCCUGCGCCAUGUUGCCAUUGUGGGCGUGGGCGGCGUGAGCGAUGGGGGCGGGUACAGGCGCAUGAGGGCCGCUGGUGCCUCCAUGGUGGGCGUGGGGACUGGGCUUGGAAGCGAGGGUGUCGACGUGUUCGCUAAGAUUGAGAGGGACAUUGGGUCAAAAUGGUGA